AAGCUUCAAAACUUGAAACCGCCGACUCUGCAUUUGAACUCUGCCACAACACAACCGAAACCUAAACGACGACGUUAAAUUUCAUCUUCAUCUUCAGCUUCAGAUUCCUCUUCAUCACUGUAGAAUGAGAAGACCGAAAUCGAAGGACUUUAGGAAGCAACAGCGAGUCUCAGAGGAGGAAGAGAUAAAGCUGUUGAAUUCAUGGAUCCAAUUCCAGCAACCGGACUCCGGUUCCAACCCAAUGUCUCUUCCUCCUCUCACCAAAAAUGCUCCAAUUGGUCGCGUCGACGACAAUACCUUCUCGCGCUACGCCGGCGCGUCCAGGUUCGACCACUUUCCACUCUCUAAGAAAACCAAGGACGGUUUGCGAGAAGCCAAGUUCGUUUCCAUGACCGACAUUCAGAGAGCCUCUCUUCCCCACGCGCUCUGUGGCCGUGACAUUCUCGGCGCCGCCAAAACUGGCUCCGGGAAAACCCUUGCCUUCAUUAUCCCUGUUUUGGAGAAGUUGUACAGAGAGAGAUGGGGACCUGAAGAUGGGGUUGGGAGCAUCAUAAUAUCCCCAACAAGAGAAUUAGCUGGUCAGCUAUUUGAUGUGUUGAAGUGUGUUGGGAAGCACCAUAAUUUCAGUGCUGGCCUUCUCAUUGGUGGCCGCAAGGAUGUUGACAUGGAGAAAGAGCGGGUCAAUGAGCUCAACAUAUUGAUCUGCACGCCCGGUAGAUUGCUUCAACAUAUGGAUGAAACUCCCAAUUUUGAUUGUUCACAGAUGCAGGUUUUGGUACUAGAUGAGGCUGAUCGUAUUCUUGACAGUGGAUUCAAGAGGGAACUAAAUGCAAUCAUCUCGCAACUACCAAAGCGUAGACAAACCUUGCUUUUCUCUGCAACUCAAACAAAAUCGAUACAAGAUCUUGCGAGACUAAGUUUGAAGGAUCCAGAGUAUCUGAGCGUGCAUGAGGAGUCUGUGACUGCCACUCCUACUCUGUUGAAGCAAAUUGUGAUGGUUGUUCCCCUGGAUCAAAAGUUAGAUAUGCUGUGGAGUUUUAUAAAGACACAUCUACAGUCAAAAACUAUUGUCUUUCUUUCGAGCUGUAAACAGGUAAAAUUUGUCUUUGAAGCAUUUAAGAAACUGCACCCUGGUAUACCGUUGAAGUGCCUUCAUGGGAGGAUGAAACAGGAAAGAAGAAUGGCAAUAUAUUCUGAGUUUUGUGAGAAGCGCUCAGUUCUCUUCUCAACUGAUGUGGCGGCAAGAGGCCUAGAUUUUAACAAGGCAGUUGAUUGGGUUGUUCAGGUGGAUUGUCCUGAAAAUGUAGCUUCGUACAUACAUAGAGUUGGCCGCACUGCUCGUUAUAAGUCUGGUGGAAAGUCUGUUUUGUUUCUAUUGCCUUCUGAAAUUCAAAUGCUUGAAAAGUUAAAAGCAGCAAAGGUUCCUGUACAUUUUAAUAAGCCAAGGAAAGAACUACUGCAACCAGUUUCUAGUUUGUUGGCAUCUUUGCUGGUCAAGUACCCAGAUCUGCAGCAUCGGGCUCAGAGGGCAUUCAUCACAUAUUUGAGAUCUAUCUAUAUCCAAAAGGAUAAAGAGAUAUUUGAUGUUACAAAACUACCUAUCAACGAAUAUUCAGCAUCAUUAGGUUUACCAAUGACCCCCAAAGUCCGUUUUCUAAACCAGAAAAUUAAAUCUAAAGCUGUGUCAACAAAAUCAAAUUUAGUUGAACCAGAAGAUUCAAACAAGGAAAAUGUCUUGGAGGUUUCCAGAAAGAAUCUAGACACAGUUUCUUUGGAGGAAGAGGACACUGAAAAUGAUCUGCUUCAGUUAGCAGAUACUGCAAAUGAAGGCAAUGUGAAGUCAUCUGAAAUUGGAGAAAUAAUACCAGCAACUCGUGUGUUGAAGAAAAAGAAGCUCAAGAUUAAUGUACAUAGGCCACUUGGGACUAGGGUUGUAUUUGACGAUGAAGGCAACACACUUCCUCCGUUAGCUAGGUUAGCUGACACACAAAGUGGCAAGGAAACGUUGCUGCUUGACCCAGAACAAAAAGCUGAAUACUAUAGAAGGAUGCGAGAUGAUUUAAUAAAGGCUGACAAGGAAGACAAGCUUGUAGAGCGUCAGCGGCGUAGAGAAAAAAGAAUCAAGCAGAAGAUGAAAUGGAAGGAUGGGAAUGCAGAAGAAGAGGAAGACCAAGGUGAUAUUUCUGGUUCAGGAGACGAAACUGUUGAUAGACGGCAUAAAAAGAGUAAAGUAUACUUUGGCAGUGACAGUGACGAGGGUGAAAGAAAUGAAAUCACAGGAAAUGCAGCUGUAAGUGCUGGCUCCGUUAGCUUGGAGGAGCAAGAAGCUCUGGCCUUGAAGUUGUUAAAUUCCAUGCACUCAUAGGAUAUGCAUAAUUUAUUUAUAUGGCAUUUUGUGAGAGCCAAAAAGGGUGAAAAAUAUAAGAGUUUUUUGAUACUUGUUAAAGAGAAGUUUUGUGAACAAUGAAUUUUGCGGCCAUUUGAUCUCUAUAUAGUUUAAUCAGUCAAAUUUCUGUUUCAAGAAACAUGGGCAUAGAAUAAUCAAUUUCAUGCUUCUAUUUAUUUUUAACAAGCGCAAAAAUCUUUAUG